AGGGUCAUUUGCACGUUCGUCACAUCACAUCGAGACUCGAUUUGUGUCCGGUCGGCGCGGUCGGUGGCCCUCAUGUAAUUCUUACUACCAACGUAGGCAAUAUGAGUGUGGAAAAUCCUACCAGUGAUAAUAAUUGUGAUUCUGGGAAGGUAAAUGGUACUAAAAAUGAACACGUGAACGGCAUCCACAACGCUUACAGUACCUCCGACAAACACAAAAGUAGUCACAAGUCUUCAAGUAAAGAUAAGCAUCGUGACAAAGACCGAGAUCAUAAAAGUUCAUCCAAACAUAGCAGCAGUUCUAGCAGGGAGAAAGAAAAGGACAAACACUCGAGCAGUAAAAAUCAUAGCAGCUCUCAUAAAUCCUCCAGCAGAGAUAAAGAAAAGGAAAGAGACCGUGACAAGCACAGGGACAGGUCUGAUAGAGACAAGGACCGUUCCGACAAAGACAGGGAUAGAAGUGACCGAAGCAAAGAACAUAGUGAUAAAGAAAAGCAUCGAAGUGAUAAAGAUAAAAGUAAAGAAAGAAGUGAAAAGCACAAAUCUAGCUGCAAUGGAGAAAAGAAAUCGUCUAAGGAGCAUUCAUCUUCUUCAAAGGAUAAAGAACACAAAUCAAAGGAUAAAGAUAAGGACCGAGAACGUGACAAAGACCGUCAUAGGAGUGAUAAAGACCACAGAAGCAGUAAAGACAAGCACUCCAGUUCAAAAGAUAAGCAUAGCUCAAGUAGAAGCAAGGACAAAAGUAAUAAUGAAGAAAAGCAUGAAAAAGUUAAAACAGAAGUUAGCUCUCCUGAUUCCUUUAAAGAAUUACAGAUAGAUGAAAGUAAAAUUCAGAGAGAAGUUAAGAAAGAAGAAGAUUAUGACUAUUCAGAGCUAAAACCGGUCUCUCCACCUCAAAUGAAACAAGAAAUCAAAGAUGAAGAAAGUGAAGAUGGCUUUGCUGGAGCAAACACUACAGCAUCGUCUUGUGAUUAUUCUUUAUCACAAUUCAAAGAUGAGCCACUAUCUGAGCUGCCUCCAGAUGAAAGUGAAGAAGAAGGAGAUAUUCCUUUGCUUGCGCGUAAAACUAAAAGAAAAGUCAGUGAUGAAAGUGAUGAAGACACACCAGUUUUGCUAAGAAAAAAACCGAAGAAAAAAAUUAAAAAAGAACAAAGUUACGAGGAUGAGGACGAAGAAGAGGUACCAAAAAAGAAGAAAGAAAAGAAGACAGAAAAGAGGAAGGCUGUUAAAAAGGAACCAGAUGAAGUAGCUAGCCCUACAAAACGUAAGAAAAAAGAAGAGGAACAACCUGAAGUCUGGAAAUGGUGGGAGGAGAAAAAGAAGGAUGAUGGCACUAAAUGGCACUUUUUGGAACACAAAGGUCCUUUGUUUGCUCCGGAAUAUGAACCAUUACCAAGCAAUGUCAAAUUUAGGUAUGAUGGUAAAGAGAUGAGACUUUCUCAAGACAGUGAAGAAAUAGCAGGAUUUUAUGCCCGCAUGUUAGAUCAUGACUAUACAACCAAACCAGUAUUUAAUAAUAACUUUUUUAAUGAUUGGCGCAAGGCUAUGACUCACGAAGAACAAAAAAUCAUAAAGGACCUAUCAAAGUGUGAUUUUAAAGAAAUGCAAGCAUACUUCCAAAGUGUGUCAGAAAAAAACAAAAACCGAACAAAAGAGGAAAAAGCUGCUUUGAAAGCAAAAAAUGAGGAAAUACAAAAAGAAUAUGGUUUUUGUAUUAUCGAUGGUCAUAAAGAAAAAAUUGGAAACUUUAGAAUUGAACCCCCAGGCCUUUUUAGAGGUAGAGGAGAGCAUCCGAAAAUGGGAAUGCUUAAGAAGAGGGUCAUGCCAGAGGAUGUUUUAAUCAACUGCUCUAAAGAUAGUAAAGUUCCAAAACCACCACCUGGUCACAAAUGGAGAGAAGUUAAACAUGAUAAUACUGUAACAUGGCUAGCAUCGUGGACUGAAAAUGUACAAGGUCAACCAAAAUAUGUUAUGUUGAAUCCCAGUUCUAAACUAAAAGGCGAAAAAGAUUGGCAAAAAUAUGAAACAGCAAGAAAGUUACACAAGUGUAUUGAUAAAAUAAGAGAAAACUACAGGACCGAUUGGAAAGCAAAAGAAAUGCGUGUAAGACAGAGAGCUGUGGCACUGUAUUUUAUUGAUCGUCUGGCUUUAAGAGCUGGUAACGAAAAAGAUGACGAUCAAGCUGAUACAGUAGGCUGUUGUUCCUUGCGUGUAGAACAUAUUGAGUUACAUAAAGAAAAAGAUGGAAAAGAGUAUGUGGUUGUAUUUGACUUCCUAGGUAAAGAUUCAAUUAGAUAUUAUAAUGAAGUGCCAGUCGAAAAACGUGUGUUUAAGAAUCUCGAACUUUUUAUGGAAAACAAAAAGGGCAGUGAUGACCUUUUUGAUAGAUUAAGCACUCAAACAUUGAAUGAGCAUCUAAAAGAUCUAAUGCCUGGUUUAACUGCUAAGGUCUUCCGUACAUAUAAUGCUUCCAUAACCUUACAAAGACAAUUAGAGGAGUUAACAGAUGCUGAUGCAUCAGUGCCAGAAAAGAUACUGGCAUACAACAGAGCUAAUCGUGCUGUUGCUAUACUCUGUAACCAUCAACGUGCUGUUCCUAAAGGUCAUUCUAAGUCGAUGGAAGCAUUAAAAGAAAAAAUUCAAGCUAAACGUGACCAAAUUGAUGAAGCUGAACAAGAUUUGAGAGAUGCUACAAAGGCAGCUAAAAGGGGCUCUGUAAAAGAAAAACUGGCUUGUGACAAGAAAAAGAAAGCUCUCGAACGUCUUAAAGAUCAGCUAAAAAAGUUAGAACUGCAAGAGACAGACAGGGAUGAGAACAAAACCAUUGCUCUUGGAACAUCAAAAUUGAAUUACUUAGAUCCUCGAAUAUCUGUGUCAUGGUGUAAAAAACAUGGGGUCCCAAUUGAAAAGAUUUAUAACAAAACACAACGAGACAAAUUCAGAUGGGCCAUAGACAUGGCCGGACCGGAUUAUAUCUUCUAGAUUAGCAGUAGCUAUGCUUUUAUAUAUAUGUAUUGUCAGACGUUCCACCUUAAUAGUCAUUAAGGACUAACAAUAUUUAUUAUUUAGCUAAAUACGGAUGUUGCUAAAAAUUGUAAGUACUUUAUGUCAUAUUUAAAGACAUGAAACUACAAAUAAUUUCUCCUUGAAUUUUCAAAAUUAAGUCUGAUUGUAGGUAAUUUAUUUUCUUUUUACAUAUUAGAAAAUUCAAAAAUGAUAAUUAAAUUGGCAUUUGUAUAGAUUAACAGGAUUGUACAAACUUGUGGGUUGUUUUAGUUUCAAUUUAUUUCCUACAUUCUUGUUAAUUUUAAAUUGUAGGUACCUACUACAAGUUAGUUUGUUAGUAACAUAAGUUAUUAAUAUUUAAAAUUGUUAUAGAAAUGACUUGCAAGUAAAAUUAGUUAUAUAUCUUUGUUGUCCCUGGUAUCCAGAUGUGAUGCAAAUAUUGCUCCAGAUAAAACACUCAAGUAAAUUUUACCAAAUGUACUGCUUAACAUUGUUUCUAAAGAAGGAAAAUCUUAAUAGGAUAAUGUAUAUUGCUAUAGUUCUAGUGCACAAUGUGCAGUAGUAAUAAUUGUAAAAUAAGAAUAUUUGUCAUUUUAUUUUUAUAUAUAGGACAUCUACCACAAACAGGACAAUUAAGUAAAAACAAAUGCAAUCGAGCACGAGAAGCACGAAAAGGUACAAGUAGGUGAAUUUAUAUGUGUGUGUGUGCAUCUGUAAAUACAAAUUUUUACCAUUCAAUCGUGAAAUGAGAUUAUCAAUAAAAACUGUGACACUAGA